AUGUCUUUUUCCGAUUUCUCUAAGGUUGAAACCUUGCAAAAGUUGAACACUUUCUUGGCUGACAAGUCUUACAUUGAAGGUACCUCUGCUACUCAAGCUGACGUUGCUGCUUUCAAGGCUUUCCAAACCGCCUACCCAGAAUUCUCCAGAUGGUUCAACCACAUCGCUUCUAAGGCUGACGAAUUCGAAUCUUUGCCAGCUGCUACCGCUGCUGCUGCUGAAGCUGAAGAAGAAGAAGACGAUGACGACGUUGACUUGUUCGGUUCUGACGAUGAAGAAGUUGACGAAGCUGCUGAAAAGUUGAAGGCUCAAAGAUUGGCUGAAUACAACGCUAAGAAGGCUGCUAAGCCAAAGCCAGCUGCUAAGUCUAUUGUCACCUUGGAUGUUAAGCCAUGGGAUGACGAAACCGACUUGGAAGAAAUGUUGGCUAACGUCAAGAAGAUCGAAAUGGACGGUUUGAGUUGGGGUGCUCACCAAUGGAUUCCAAUCGGUUUCGGUAUCAAGAAGUUGCAAAUCAACUUGGUUGUUGAAGACGCUAAGGUCUCUCUAGAUGACUUGCAACAAGCUAUUGAAGAAGAUGAAGACCACGUCCAAUCUACUGAUGUCGCUGCUAUGCAAAAGUUGUAA